AUGGUAGAAACGCUCUACGCGAUGAUGGAAGUCCAUUUCAAGGCAAAGAUGACGCAGGUUGAACCUCCAAAAGAAGAUAUUUUCAAGAAGCAUAAGUUUGCACGGCGGUCAGCUCAACAAUAUGAUGAAAAGACCAAGUUACUCACAUUCAAAAUUUUUGAUACGCUCAAUAAUGCAGGGAAGGUGAAGGAUGAAUUGUGGAAUCUGCUAGGAAAGGAGAAGGUUUUUGGAGGAGUGGGGUGUUCAGGGACUGUUUUUCAUGACCAGCAAUGGAGAGAUUGUCAAUGCUAUGGAGGACGAACGACUACUCAAGGUUUUCAAAAUGCCUACUUUGGAGGAAUUUCUCGAUAG